GUCCAUAGAUAGCGAACCGAGGUUUUGUUCGAUUAUGAGCACUGAAAGCGAUGGAUCGCUGGGUGCGGGAGAGCGCAUCUAUUUACACAUUUAUGACUAUGAAACCAAGGAGUUUUCUGGUCUUACUACUUAUCAUGGUUUGGUACGUAUCUAUAACUCUAACACAUGGCCAUCAAGAAUUUUCUGGUGUGUCGUCGUACUUUCAUGCCUUUCACUGUUCAUGAUUCAUAGCGGGUAUCUUCUCCUUGGCUAUCACUCCAAACCCACACUCUUCCAAGUGAACACCAUUGUGGCACCUGAUGGCAUAAAAUUUCCUGAUAUAACUAUCUGUAACCAUAAUCUCGUCGAAGCCUCCAGUCUAGAAGGUGAGUUGAGCGGGUUCAACAUGUCCUCUGCGUUAUUUUCUUACAUAUCUACGGCAUUUCUUGAUCAUUUCUAUGACGAUGAUCAUGUGGAAAAACAGAAUCAAUUCGAAAAAUACUUGGAAGACUAUGUGACUAAUACCGGCAUUGAUUUUUCGAUUGCGGAGUUUUUCCACAAAAUAAGACCCACAUGCGAGGAUAUGGUGCUUUCCUGUUCUUUCGCGGGAGAACCCAUCCACAAUUGUUGUUCCUAUAGCGAAGUUGUUCCUACCGACAUCGGAUACUGCAUAAGAUUUUCCAACUCCAAAUUGAAUAAGACUCAAAUAUUGAGCGGUGGCAGCUAUGGUUGGCAGUUUAUUUUGGAUGGAAUUAAUGCUCCGGAUCCUAUCUUACGGUACUUUCGUUAUUCUUUCCCGUUCCUCACAAAUCGCGAGUUGUUAACACAAUUACAGUAUACUUCCACUCACUGCGAAUGGAACUGUCUUGCACAUGAAUGGUUAUACGAAUGCGAAUGUCUGCCUUUGAACCUUCUGAUCAUGGACGAAAAGAACAAAUUUACCAUUUGCACUCCACUUCAGAUUCGCAUAUGCAGUGAGCGAAUUCAUGGUAAGUAUAAGGCAAACUUUUUUGAGCUAAUUGAUAACCGGAAAGCUCAAGAAUUCCUAUAUUUAGGUAACCUCUCUGACUGCAACUGCGAUGUUGAAUGUGAAAAAAUAGAGUACGACAUGCAAAUGAGUUAUUCGGAUGUUAUCACGGAAUCAGUAACCCAAAGAUUCGUAUGGCUUACGAACGUCACGAACAACAGAAGCAGCUACAAACUGCUGAUUUACUUUCGAAUAUUGCCGGAAGUAUGGGACUGUUCCUAGGG